AUGUCUAGUAUCAAAGAAGUAGUAGUAAACGAACUCCAUAAGCCAGCUAGAAAAAAUUUUAGAAGAAGACACGUUUUAGUUAGAGGAUUAAAUGAUUUAAUUCAAGCAGACUUGGUGGAAAUGAUACCUUAUGCAAAGGUUAACAAGGGUUACCGAUACAUUCUCAUCGUUAUAAACGUAUUUAGCAAGUUUGUGUGGGCGGAACCUGUUAAACGCAAAACCGCAAUAGAAGUGAGUAAUGCUAUGGCUAAGAUCUUAUCCCAGAUGAAGUACAUGCCACAUAAUUGUCAGACAGAUUUAGGCAAGGAGUUUUACAAUAAAGAAUUUAAGAACUUGAUGACGCAAUUCAAAAUUAAUCAUUACAGCACGUACUCAAAUUUAAAAGCUAGUGUUGUGGAAAGGGAUUCUGGAGACGAGGACGAGGGCGGAAAUGAAGAUAAUUUGAGCAGGCGUCAGUUACUGGCAGAUGCAGAAUUACGAACUGCUAGGGGAAUUACACUGGAAGAGGAAAUUUUCAUGGAUGAAACGCAAUCGCAAGAAUCUGAAGAAGAGUUGUUCGAAGAUGGUGCUCCUCUAAUCAAUGAUAUAAAUGUGUCACCAGCUCACAUAGCAUAUCCUAAAGUUUCUGACCCUCGAGAUUGGAUUUCAGGAGAUUUCACCUACAACGAAAAAUCAUUCCCUGAAGCAGAUUAUUCAUCAUUUCAAAACAAAUCGAUUGUUGAUUUCUUUGAAAUGUUUCUGGACGAAGAAAUAAUAUUAUAUCUGGUAGAAGAAACAAAUAAGUAUGCUCUCUUCAAAAACCAACCCGAUCCAGGUGUGUCACCAGAUGAAAUGAAAUGUUUCAUUGCCAUAUUGAUUCUUAGCGGUUACAAUGAUCUACCUAGCAAGCGGAUGUAUUGGGAACAAAGUCUUGACACCAGAAACGCACUGGUAUAUAAUUCGAUGAGGCGCAACAGAUUCGAGCAAAUUUUGAGGUUUCUGCAUUUAGCUCCCAACGAAAAUAUGGAUCAAGGUGAUAAGCUCUGGAAAAUAAGACCGUUCGUAAAGAAAAUAAAAGAGAAGUGCAGAAAAUAUUUUGUUCCUGAAAAAGACUUAGCUUUCGACGAAAGUAUGGUCAAGUACUAUGGUAAACACAGCUGUAAGCAGUUUCUGAGAGCCAAACCCAUACUAUUUGGGUAUAAGGUCUGGUGCCUAAAUACCAUAAUGGGCUACUUGAUAGAUUUCGAAAUAUAUCAAGGAAAAUCUGUAACUCCUGAUGUUGAUAUUGAAAGAAACUUCGUAAAAGCGGCAGCACCAUUGGUUAAAAUGAUAGAAGAACUACCCAAUAAUCUGAAACCUUUGCAAUUUUCUUUUUACUUCGACAAUUUAUUCACCACUUUUAGUUUAUUAACCUACUUACGUUUGAAAGGUUAUGGAGGUACGGGGACUAUUAGGGAAAACCGUUUACCCAAGAGCUGUCCCUUAUCGGAUAAAAAGCUACUUGGAAAAAAAGGAUAG